AUUUCAUUAGUAAGCAGAUAAUUGAAAUGAUUAAAGAGUGCAAAGAAAUGGUUAAAGGGUAUAUGAAAAUACGAUCUACUAGUAAUACUUUUGGUCAUUCCGUUUUGUUUGGUGGUAACGCUUUGAUUAUCGCAGGAAUACUGGCACCUCCUGUUUUGGUGCCAGGUAUUAUUGUAUCGGUUACUGCUUGGUUGAGUGUUACUAGCUCCGAUUCUAAUGCAAUUAUUAAAGAAAACGAAAUAUAUCAAAAUUUUGAAGGAUUUCUUGCUAAUGACAAAGAAAGACAUGAAGCGUUGAAAGAUUUACUUGAAGAUUUAAAGGAUGCUAUUGAAAAACUUAAAGAAAUUCGGUUUCGCUUCGAAAGUUCAGAAUUCGAAAAACAUAUAAUAGGCAAAAAAAAAUUUAAAGUAAUCAAAAAUGUGCUGAAUAAAAUUUUUGAAGUUAAUGCUGAUAUGAGUUUUGACGUUGAUACUUAUAUUAGUUUAGAAGUUGAACAUUUUACUAGUCACAAGGUGACAAGAGCCGCUAUGGAGGCUUGUUUGAAACUUGUGCUGCCUCUUAUGAAUUUUUAUUGGAUUUAUCGAGAUUAUAAAGAAGUUGAAAGCCGUACUUCCUUGAAAGAUAUGGAAAAAAACGAUUGA